AUGGAGAACGGUUCGGUGCUUGAACAUGCACGUAAUGGCCGCAUUUCAGCCUUUGAUCGAACGUCCUCCUCGAGACCUCAACUAGGCGCCGGCACCGACUUUGACCUGGGAAAGAGUGCGUGGAAUUCUACAAGUCGCUUGUGGGGAAGGGGAAAGUCAUUCCUAGAGGACGAUCAGCCAACAAGACCGUCACCUGUUCGUCAGAGCUCUACCUCAAGUUUCACCCAUGGUAGAGUCCCACCUACAUCGACGCUGACCCCAGUUGAUGUCAACGACGAGAAUGCCUCCCAGUCAAAACUAUCGUGGAGUGCACAUGCUGCUAAUAGCGCGUUUGCCUCAAAACCACGAGGACAACCUCUCUCUCCGACACAACAACGACAAGUCCAGAACCUGGACUCUGUGGCCGACGCCGUCCACGGUCCUGUAGCGGAGUCCAGUCUGUUCGCUGGUAGUGCCCCGGAUGUUGAGGACGAGCUCCCUAUCAGCUACCAGUCUCGUCAGAGCCGUCGUGCAGUCACAGACACCUCCCGUCUCAUGCAAUCACCAACACAAACGAUGAACGGCGGUCGGAGUGCCUUUAGCCCUCAAAUCCAAGCUUACAACACAAACAGCUUCAAUGCUAAUGGUAUUUCCGCGUCUAUGAAUGCAUAUGAGCCGGACCAGGAUCAUGGAGUCAAUGGAUAUUCAGCAAGAGCUGGGGCUGGUCAGCAUUAUUUGGUGCACAAUGGGUACCUGUCGAAUGGGAGAGAAACGCAGCCAACUGCGCUGUCAUCAGGUUUUGGUCCUACACCGCCGACCUACACAAAUAUUGAUCGGCCAUCCAUGAACGGGCGGGCGGAUCAACUCCAAUCAUCCAACCAGAUGCUCAUCGAUGAAGCGGUCCGCUCUUUAAAUGCGUUGAGUUUGGACCAGGCACAAAAUAUCGUUGGCAUGAUCCCCAGCCAACGCGGCCCUGGCACCCAUGCACAAUAUCAACAUAAUAUCCAGCCUAUGUCGUUCCAGCCUUCGACUCAUCCAGGCCUUCCACCCAGUCAGCUUGGAAAUCAGUAUCCGCCAGUUGGUAAUACACAAAAUGGUGGCUCUCGCUUAAAUCCUCAAGCAGCUCCACACUAUGGAGGUUUGCCUUUCGAGGCACGUUCGAAUGUUUCACCGUUGGCAAGUGACUAUCGAAGCAGCGUCCAGAGUCCUUACUAUCCCAGUGGUGGCGCACCUCCGACUGGCCCUCAGUCCAUUCGAACCACUCCUGCAAAUGCUUUCUCUGGCCGUACAUCACCUUACGAGCGAUCCAUGACAAAUCGGAAGCUGCGCAACGUUGAUCAAUAUGCGUUCGAUCAGAACAUGUUUGUUCCAAGCACAUUGCAACCGCAAUAUGGCAAUGGAUACCAUAACGACAUGCAUACAUCGGUCCACGGUGGGCGCAUGAAUCCAUUGGCCAACCCGUACAUGAUGUCCGGACAUGGAGGUAUGAACCAUAUUCCUUCGGCCCCUCGCGUGUCAGCUCGUGAACCUGAGCAGAGCCAAGUGGUCAGAAGUCCUCUGCUUGAGGAGUUCCGUAUGAACAACAAGAGCAACAGACGAUUCGAGCUGAAAGAUAUAUAUGAUCAUGUGGUUGAAUUCAGUGGCGAUCAGCACGGUUCGCGGUUCAUCCAACAGAAGUUGGAGACAGCCAACAGUGAUGAAAAGGAACAGAUUUUCAAGGAGAUCCAACCCAACUUGCUGCAGCUAAUGACUGAUGUCUUCGGCAAUUAUGUCAUUCAAAAAAUGUUCGAACAUGGAAAUCAGUCUCAGAAGAAGGUGCUGGCGAACCAGAUGAAAGGCCAUGUGAUGCAUUUGUCGAUGCAAAUGUAUGGCUGCCGUGUGGUUCAGAAAGCCUUUGAGCAUGUGUUGAUCGAUCAACAAGCCAGCCUUGUCAAAGAAUUGGACGGCUCUGGUCUGCAAAUUCUCAGGGUUGUCAAGGACCAAAACGGCAAUCACGUUGUACAAAAGGCCAUUGAGCGCAUUCCGGGAGAACACAUUCACUUCAUUGUGAACGCCCACCGAGGACAAAUGUACAAAAUGUCUACCCACCAGUAUGGGUGCAGGGUGGUUCAACGGAUGCUGGAACAUUGCCAAACAGAGGCUAAACGAGUUAUUCUCGACGAGCUUCUCGAACAUAUCUCAGCACUUAUUGGUGAUUCAUACGGAAACUACGUUGUACAGCACAUUAUUGAGAACGGCGAACCCCAAGAUCGGCGGCAUGUUGUCGACAUUGUCCUACAACAGGUCCUGACCUUCUCCAAGCACAAGUUUGCGAGCAACAUUGUGGAAAAGAGCAUUGACUAUGCGGACGAAGAUCAGCGUCGACGAAUAUUGCAAGAAUUGACUAGGUGGGAUGGACAGGCCGUGAGUCCCGUCUUGCAACUGAUGAGAGACCAAUAUGGCAAUUAUGUGCUUCAAAAAGUGCAUGCACAGUUGCAUGGCGCUGAACUGCAGGCUCUGAGAGAGGAGAUGAGGCAGCAUCUGACCAUUUUGUCGCAAAUGAACCAUGGCAAGCAGGUUGCUGCUAUUCAGAAGCUCCUAUAUGACAGUCACCGCCCACCGAGCGCAUCAGCGAGCAGCCGGAGUCCAGCAUUGGCAAGCACAAAUGCUAGCAGCACAGCCUCCGACGGCGGCAUAGCUUCUAACAGCUAUCAGGAGCGCAAGUAG